GCGUCGCGCCCCGCGCCGGCCGCCCGUGUGCACGCGACCAUGCGCACGCCUCAACGCGAUCGCCGCCUCGCACCUCACCACUCAAACUUUACACUUUUUAUGUGAAAUCGAUUGAACUUUCGUUUCGUCCCGAGAUCGAUAUUUUGCCGGUGGCAGUAAUAUUAGAAAAUGGCGUCAUCGGUGCGCAAAUAGUGUGCGAGUGGUCGUGGGGCCGCGUGGCGAUGGGGCGGGCGCGCGCGUAGCCCCGCUGACCCUCUCGGUAUGGACGAGGACGAAAGGCGGCUCUCGUUUCCGCCGCCGGCGCCGCUCAACUCGCCCGGCGAAGAGAUCGAUGGCUCACGCCUGCUCGGCGAGAUCGUGCGGACCCUCGAGGCCACAAACCCCGAGGCCGCAGCGCCGCUCGUUGCUUCACAGUCACGCGAUGCUCUCGAUUCAGAAUGUGAGAAACCCCGUCGCGAGGAACUGCGCAUCCCACUCGAAGGUGUUAAGUUCUCGAGCGAGAUCAACGGUGGCAGCGGUGGCGGGGGCGGAGGGCGAGAAGAGCCCCGGGCUGCGGUCACGCCGUUCACGCGGGAGUCUGCGAGGCGCGCUGGGUCGCGGGGGGCACAGCUCGUGCGUGAAUUUGGCUUCAUGCCGCGGCGCCGACUUAGCGUUGAAGAUGGCGCGCGCCUUCCACGGAAGUACGAGCCGUUUCCGCCUAAGCUGUAUGGACGGCCGCUCGAAGAAAUUGAUAAUUUCAUUUAUGAUGAGACAUUCUGCGUGGUGUCAAAAAGAUUCCGUAAGAACUACAUACAUCGGUUCACCGCUACGAGAUCUCUGUUCUGGUGGUCACCCUGGUCUCCGGUCCGAAGAGCCUGCGUCUAUCUCUCCACUAAUCAGUACUUCGACUACUUCGUCAUGGCGACAAUCCUUCUCAACUGUGUCUUCCUCGCCAUGUCGGAGACUAUCGAAGAAGCUGAAUACAUAUUCCUGGCGAUCUACACGGCGGAGAUGAUAAUCAAAUGCAUAGCCAAGGGCUUUAUCCUGAACAAGUACACUUACCUUAGGAACCCGUGGAACUGGCUGGACUUCGUCGUGAUCACAUCAGGGUACGCCACAAUCGGUAUGGAAGUGGGAAAUUUGGCCGGCCUUAGGACCUUCAGAGUGUUGAGAGCACUAAAGACUGUCUCUAUUAUGCCAGGAUUGAAAACCAUCAUCAACGCGCUUCUGCAUUCGUUCAAGCAGCUAGCAGAGGUAAUGACCCUGACAAUAUUCUGCCUCAUGGUGUUCGCCUUGUUCGCGCUCCAGGUAUACAUGGGCGAACUUAGAAACAAAUGCGUCAAGAACUUGGUUAUGCAGCCGGGAGAGAACUUUACUGACGAAAUCUGGUCGGCGUGGAUCAAAGAACCUACAAACUGGAUGGUAGAUGAAGAACUAGUUCCAAUUAUUUGCGGGAACUUGACAGGGGCCAGGCAUUGUCCGUUACAUUACACCUGCCUUUGCGUGGGCCCAAAUCCCAACCAUGGGUACACUAAUUUCGACAAUUUCCUCUGGUCAAUGUUGACCACCUUCCAGUUGAUCACGCUUGACUACUGGGAGAAUGUUUAUAACAUGGUACUGUCUUCGUGUGGUCCAAUGUCCGUAUCAUUUUUCACGGUGGUGGUUUUUUUUGGCUCGUUUUACCUCAUCAACCUGAUGCUGGCCGUAGUCGCACUGAGCUAUGAAGAGGAAUCACAGAUCACACAAGAAGAGAGAAAGAAGGAUCUGAACGAGCACAGAGAUGAUUCUACAUUCAGCUUUGAUCCCUCAUCGCUGGCUGUGAGGACCCUCGCUAAGGACUCGAAGAAACGAAUCGACGCUAGGAAAGGACUAUUAUUAGCCUCUUACUCACGCAAAAGAACAAGAAGACGCAAAAGAGGCAGGAGUGCUAUACAUCAUGCUGCUGCGGUUGCCGCCGUGGCUGAACGGUCGAGAUCCAGGUCGGUGACCCCGAGCGCGUCACCGCCACCUUUGCCGCCGCCGCCGCCUCCACCGCCGCCCCCUCACACCCUCCACCCCGACAAUGCAUUAGGUCGUGGCAUCCUGAGUGCAGCUGGUCGUCAACUGAGCGAUCACAGUAACAACAGGGAAUCAUCGCUCGACGACUCCGGCGUGGUCGAUGACCACGACGACGGAGAACACACGUCUGAUGACCAGGCCCCUCACCCUCACCCGAGGCGGGUACUGCUAAUGCCGCCACCAUUGCCUGCUUUGCAGCAAUCAACACCAAUGCCACCUUUACAACAAACACAGGAGAGUCACACAGAAGAACCAAAACAGAAAGCCAAACUGAGAAUCCGAGAAGAGAAACCAAUAGAGAAAGUAAAGAAAGGCGAUAAGCAGAAAGAAACCGUGUACGAAAGAUAUCCAUUGAAUCCGGACUACCUCAAUCAGAUCGUCGUUUUAGGGGCGGACUGGCCAUACGAGCGUGCGCCCGCCCUCCCGCAAGCGGAAACGACGAAAAUUAAUGAGAUCGGUUUAUUGGCAGCAAAGCACAAAACUCAUAUGGGCAAUUACGAGCAAAAUUGCACUUACUUCACAGAUGAGCUCGUGGAUAGAAACUGCGAGUGUUGCGUGUCUUGCUGCAUAGACUACGAAGGUUGGCUUCAAUUCCAAAACUGUCUUUACGGGAUCGUGAAGGAUCCUCUAUUCGAGUUGUUCAUUACGACUUGUAUCGUUUUAAACACACUGUUUUUGGCUCUAGAGCAUCACGGCAUGAGCGAGAACGUUAGAAGGGUCUUAGAUAUAGGAAAUAAGGUUUUCACUUCUAUAUUUACUUUAGAGUGUAUAAUGAAAGUGAUGGCGAUGAGUAAAGACUUUUUUGCUUGCGGAUGGAAUAUAUUCGAUCUAAUCAUAGUUUCGGCUAGCUUACUCGAUCUCAUAUUUGAAUUAGUGGACGGCUUGUCUGUGCUACGUGGCCUGCGUUUGUUGAGAGUGUUAAAGUUAGCCCAGUCGUGGACUACGAUGAAAGUGUUGUUGAGUAUUAUAAUAUCGACUAUAGGUGCUCUUGGUAAUUUGACGUUCGUAUUAGUGAUAGUUAUAUACAUAUUUGCGGUAAUCGGUAUGCAGCUGUUUUCUAAAUCGUACACCCCUGAUAAGUUCGAUCCAGAUCCAGUACCCAGAUGGAACUUUAAUGAUUUCUUCCAUUCGUUCAUGAUGAUAUUUCGGAUACUGUGCGGUGAAUGGAUCGAGCCCCUGUGGGACUGUAUGAGAGCCGAGCAAGCCAGUGGCGCAGAGAGCUGUUUCUUCAUAUUCUUACCGGCUCUCGUAAUGGGAAAUUUCAUGGUGCUCAAUCUCUUCCUUGCCUUGCUGCUCAACAGCUUUAACAGUGAAGAACUUAAAAAUAAAAAAGAGGAAGUGGGCGAAGAUUCAAAAUUAGCUAAAAGCUUCGAUAGAAUACGUUCUAUAGUAAGGAAGAAAGGUUUUCUUAUAUCUAGAAGUAAAGAGACUGAAAAAAAAUCGAAAUUAGAGGAGCUAGUUAACGAAUUCAUGUCACAGCAACGAGCUAUUAAAGAGAAGAAAGCGUCAAUACCGACCGAGCAGCGUUACUCCGCCUCAAUACAGGAGACCAUACUCUUUCCGCAUGACAAUAUCUAUAGCCAUAGCUACCAAGAGGCCGUAAACAGGCCAAUUUCUGUUGGUUCAGAAUUCGCAUACCCGCAACUGUAUCAGAGCUGCAGCAACAUUAACCACGGCAGUCAAGAGACGUUGAAAGACGUACGAGACUUGGCAACCGAACAUAAGAUAACAAGCAUUAGGGAAGAUUCCAAAGAAAAUCUAGAAGAUACGUCGCCGUUCGAACAAAAAUCAGCGCAAAAACUACUAAAUCAAAUAUCUUCUGGAUAUUACACACAGCCAUCGGAUUCGAGAGACGAAGAGAACGAACAUUAUGAAAUGGCACAGUUCUCUUGUAAAACAACACCGGAGAAAACUAAGAAGCAAGGGGGGCGGAAGAACUCUAAAGGCCAGUACAUCGAUGCGAUGGGAAAUUUUCCGGGAUUCGGGAAACAGAAGGAACCAAAAGUGCCCCAGGAUUGCUUCCCGAGUCAAUGUUACGAUAUAAGCUCGUGUUGGGACACGUGUAUAGACACAAAAAUUGGCCAACGUUGGAUGUUGGUUCGAACAUUUGUUUUACGUUAUGUCGACACGCCCGCAUUCGAAUGGUUCGUUCUGGUCCUGAUAUUUGCUUCGAGCAUCACGCUGUGCUUCGAAGACAUUCACCUAGAAAAGAACAAACCAUUAAAGAAGAUAUUGUACUGGACCAAUUUGGGAUUCUGUAUGAUAUUCAUAAUAGAAAUGUUUCUCAAAUGGAUAGCUUUAGGAUUCUUCAGAUACUUCACUAGCUUUUGGACGUUGUUAGAUUUUACUAUAGUAUUCGUUUCUGUAUUUAGUUUGUUGAUAGAAGAGAAUGAAAAUUUGAAAGUUUUGAGGUCGUUACGGACUUUACGCGCUUUGAGGCCGCUUCGGGCGAUCUCGAGGUGGCAGGGUAUGCGUAUAGUCGUGAACGCCCUGAUGUACGCGAUACCCAGCAUUUUCAACGUUCUGCUAGUUUGUUUAGUGUUUUGGUUGAUAUUCUCUAUAAUGGGAGUACAGUUUUUCGGAGGAAAAUUCUUCAAGUGCGUUAAUGAAGAAGGAGAAUUAUUACCUUUAGACAUAGUAAACGAUAAAUGGGAAUGUUACUAUAAUAAUUUCUCUUGGGUGAAUUCCAAGAUAUCUUUUGACCAUGUCGGUAUAGCGUAUUUAGCGUUAUUUCAAGUAGCCACGUUUGAGGGGUGGAUGGAAGUAAUGGCCGACGCAGUUGACGCACGAGGAGUCGACUUGCAACCAGCGAGAGAGGCAAAUCUAUAUGCGUACAUAUAUUUUGUUAUAUUUAUCGUCUGCGGCUCUUUCUUCACCCUCAAUCUAUUUAUAGGAGUAAUAAUAGAUAAUUUUAAUAUGCUCAAGAAGAAGUAUGAAGGAGGAGUAUUAGAAAUGUUCCUUACAGAAAGCCAAAAACAUUAUUACACUGCUAUGAAGAAACUUGGCAGGAAAAAGCCCCAGAAAGUAAUAAAGAGGCCAAGAAAUCAAUUUCUAGCAAUGUUCUAUGAUUUAUCGAAUUCGCGUCGUUUCGAAAUAGCUAUAUUCGUUCUAAUUUUUUUAAACAUGCUCACCAUGGGUAUAGAGCAUUACGAUCAGCCUCAUUCCGUAUUCUUCAUUCUUGAAGUUAGUAAUGCGUUUUUUACUACAGUAUUCGGCUUAGAAGCAAUAGUUAAGAUCGUCGGUCUAAGGUAUCAUUACUUUACGGUGCCUUGGAACGUCUUUGAUUUCCUUUUAGUUUUAGCGUCAAUUUUAGGCAUAGUUAUGGAAGAUAUAAUGAUAGAUCUGCCCAUAUCGCCCACUCUACUGAGAGUGGUGAGAGUAUUUCGUAUAGGAAGAAUCUUAAGACUGAUUAAAGCUGCUAAGGGCAUAAGGAAACUUCUAUUCGCAUUAGUGGUAUCGUUACCGGCUCUAUUCAAUAUAGGAGCUCUGUUAGCGUUGAUUACAUUCAUAUACGCAAUAAUCGGUAUGUCGGUCUUCGGUCACGUCAAAGAACAAGGUGCCUUAGACGAUAUAGUCAACUUUCAAACGUUCGGACGGAGUAUGCAGUUGCUUUUUCGUCUGAUGACGUCGGCGGGUUGGAACGAUGUAUUAGAGUCACUCAUGAUCCAACCGCCGGACUGUGAACAAGGCGACCAUGGUCACUCGAACGGCAACUGUGGAAGUCCACUUCUAGCGAUCACCUACUUCACUUCCUUCAUCAUAAUAAGCUACAUGAUCGUUAUCAACAUGUACAUAGCUAUUAUCCUCGAGAAUUUCAACCAAGCCCACCAGGAAGAAGAAAUUGGUAUCGUUGAAGAUGACCUUGAAAUGUUUUACAUUAGAUGGUCCAAAUACGACCCACAUGCGACUCAGUUCAUCAGUUUUGCUCAGCUAUCCGAGUUCAUAGCCUCCUUAGACCCACCUUUGGGCAUCUCAAAGCCCAACACCGUGGCUUUAGUCAGUUUUAAUCUCCCUAUAGCUAGAGGGAAUAAGAUACAUUGUUUAGAUAUCUUGCAUGCACUGGUGAAACACGUUUUGGGUCACGUUGAAGAAACUGAAACCUUCAGGCAAUUGCAAGAGCAGAUGGAUAUCAAAUUCAAGAAGCAAUUUCCGACGAGAAAGGAACUGGAAAUUGUCUCUUCGACUAGGAUAUGGAAGAGAGAAGAUAAGGCUGCGAGGACUAUACAGCGUGCUUGGAGAGAAUACGUCAAGCGUAAAAACCGCAGUCCGUCUGUUGAAGAGGAAAGCACGAAAUGGUCUCCGGGAGGAGGCUGGGGCGGUCGCCUCAGUGCUUUGCUGCACGUGAGAAGAGGAUCGCAUGCGUCAAGUCGGAAAUCUUCAAGGGCUUCCGAAGCAUCAGACAUAAGCGAAUUGGGAGGGGCCUGGUUAAAUUUACCACUCCUCUUGUUGCCUGGUGCCACGCCGGCUGAACAGAUGGCAGCCUGUUCAGAAUCAGCACCAACCAGACGUAGGUCGGCAUACGGUUUGCCUAUUUUCCUUCGUCACCAAGACGCAAUGGAUGAAGAUGUCGGCCCCAAACGCGCAGGUUCCCUUCGUCUGAGCUCAAGAAGAAACUCAGCUCGGCGACCAACGCCUCCCGCCCGCGCCCGCACUCCUUCCCCGCACGCAAAUAACAGCGAAGUUAGCAUCCUCGUUACUGAAGCAUCACCGGACGCAGCCCCGGUUCCGACAGCGCCGCCAACCGUAGUACGAGUCCUCGUGCACAGAGAGAGUGACGAGCAACCCAGCUGAUCCACGCCCGACGAGCCGAACGCGGCUCCCGACUUUUCAAAUUAAGAACAAUGCAACGUUCUCGAAAUUUCGAUCGUUGUCGCUUGUGAGUGUAUAUACAUUGUGUUCGCACACGGACGAGUGCAUUGUGAUCUGUGGUGUUCGGUUGUAUUGUAGCCUCAAAACCGUAAACCCGAAAAUACGGAGAUCGAUACAAUAAAAUGUAAUCCGACAUAAAAGACAGUUCCGAUUUACGCAAUUUUAUCGUUGCUCAAAAGUUAUUUUGUUUUACGCAAUACAAAAAACGUUAAAUGUUAAUAAUUUAAUUAAUAAACAUAAUGUGUUAUAAGAUGUUUAUUAGCAGAAACUUCCAAACUUAUUGCAGAUACAUUUCUUGCAACAUUAUACUUUUUUUUUUAAACGUUGUAGGAAUUUAUUGAUGCUAGGUAUUUAACUGCCUCACGCCUUGUGAAAUAUGCUUCUAGCGUUUUUUUUUUUGUCAUUAUAAUGCAAUCCAGAUAAACAAAGAAUUCUAUUGGUAGAUAGUAUAAAUGACUAUUUUAAAGCUGUCACAAAUGUACACUAUAUAAUCUUCAAUGCACAGAUUGAAGAUUUUACGAAAAAAAACUUAUUAAAUUAUGAUGCUUAGAUUAGGUAAACUGACUCCAAAUAUUAAACUAAUAUUUCGUAUGUAUAUUAGUUUAUUCAUGCAAAAAAAAUAAACACCAAAUAAAUAAUAUUUACCAGAGGGCGAGCCUGAUUCGUUCAUAAGUUUCGUGUUUUUUUUUUAAUUCGAAUUUCGCGCAAAAGCUUUUAUUAAUUUUGAUUCAAGUUUUUGGUAUAGAAUUUAUGUUUAGUACCGUAUUGUUUCGCUACGCUGUCGGGAGACCGAGAUAUAAGAAAAUAGAGCCACAUUUUUUCAAAACCAGAGUUAACAUAAAUUAAUACAAAAAAUUUAAGAUAUUCACAUCGUCUUAUUUAUUUUAUUUAAUGCAUCUAGAUCUCGUAAUUGUUUUAUUAUAGACCGACGGUUUAACAAAUAGUAUUUUUGCAAGACAAUAAUUUCAUGAAAAUAAUACAAAAUCACCCAUAAUACAUUUUUAACUAUUUUGUUUUUUAUCAAAUUUUUUACACUUAGCUUUAUUUUGAAAAGGGUACAUAGUAUACAAAAAAAUAUGUUUCAUAAAAAACAGUUCAAUUCAAUGGGACAAAAUCAAAUUCGAGCGAAUAAUAUACGCUAGGCGGUAAUGUAACUUGAAGUAAAUCUCUUCAAAUAUUUAUAGUUUACAGCGUAUUACCAUUAUAUCGCUAUAUAUUGGGAGAUUUACUUUAUGUUAUGUUAUUAACUUUUCAAAAACUGUUCAAUUAGAAUAGAUUUAAAGUUGUCUUUUUUUAUGAUGGAUUGCUGGUGGCCCGCAUGCCUUUCCAGUUUCACCAAGACUGGUGAAUAAACCUAAUCGCUCAGCCGGUACGGCCAAGAUUGCUAACAACCACCACAACGCCUCUGAACAUGGUCCAGUAGCUAAACAAUGCUUGGCGAGUGCAUCUACCAUCGGAUCGAGCACCGAGAAUAGAUCCAUCAAACCAUGUCUAGGGCAUUGAUGGUAGUAUGUUUCUGCGUGAGCUGGAUCAGGGCUGUACUUAGGCGACCACGAUGAGAAGGUUAUCAUGCCGCAUAGCUCUUGCGAAAUAGCGUUCCUAUGCUGUCUACUCUUAUAAAUGGGUUCUGAACUUAGACCGUCGUGAAAAUCUAGAUUCUUCUCCGAAAGCUCCGACGGCUCUUGUAAAGAAACGAGAUUGAAAAUUUUCGAAUCUACGUAACUGCAAGCCGCGUGAUUGAAUACUACGUUCGCAUAAGUCAUAUUAAUUAAUAUGUUUGAUCAGCCUAAAAGUUUUCAGAGCUCUCAUUACAUUUAAAACUACGGGUUGCUUUAAAUAGUAUACAUACAAUUUAGCCAAUUUUAUAUAAUAAAUAAAAAUAAAAUCGCACAAAAAAAAUUAGUAGACUAAUAAGUUUAUUUAUUUUACAUAGUUAUUGAUGUUAAGUAUUUCUUGUGUAAAAGACAAUAUUUUUCAUCUUUUUACGUGAAAUAUUUUAACGCAGGCUUAUUGGCCCUAGUUCUGAAUAUAUAUUUUUGUUUAAUUAUCUGUAUGGGUUAAUUUUUUUUCAUAUUUGGCCCGUCCAAAAUUAUUUCAUUUAUUUCAAUGGCAGAAAAGUUUACAAUAGUUGGCAGCGUUCUGUAUAUUUUUAAAAUUGUUUGUAUGUUGGCACAAAGUGCUUGUUUGAAGUAGAUAAUAGUAGUUCCGGUAUCAGCAUGCCUAGAACAAAUUUUAAAAAUAGAUUUCCUAAUUCUUAAAUUUUAAAAUUCAUAUUAACACUAUUUCUAUUUAGCAAGGACCAAAAUAUUGUCUAUUAGUACCUCUUCAAUUUUAUCUCGAAAAUUCUCUAGACCAAAAAAUACUUUACCGUUAUUUUUCAUGUAGUUUUUCGAAGCCUGUUUCGAUUUUUAGUACUUAAGAAAAUGAAAUGUUUUGUAUUUUACCACUAGGCUUUACAUUUACACAAUUGCUAAACAAAUUAUCCAUUCACUAAGAUACUUAAUAAUUAAAAAAAAAGAAAGCGUAAAAUGUUCUAAGAAUACGUAGAAUUCUCGUUAUUGUUCGUUACUUUGUAAAUAUUAAAGAGUAUGAAAUAAUUUUGCAUCUAUUUAUACUUACAUCAGUUUUAAGGAGGUCAAUAAUUACUUUUUAAAUAAAUUUAUAAUUUAUUAUGUACAAUGUACAUGUAAAAUUGUUCGAAGCAUGUGUCUGUAAUGAUUCGAUUUGUGUAAUAUAAUAAUAAUAUGUUCAAUUGUAUGAUAUGUAAAUAAAAAGUUUUGAGUGAUACUGGCGAAAUAUGAUUUCCUUCUAAGGUACAAAGUAAGAAUUAACCAUGUUGAAAUUAUGAUUAAAUAAAAUUAUAGUA